CUGACGCUGCUUGUCGUCCGCUGGGCAGAUUCUUAGCCAGAAGAAAAAAAAAAAGAAAAAGGGCCGCACCUCCCCUGGAACCUCUGGCAUAGGUCCCCUCCGCACCUUGUAUCUUCGGAGACCCCUUCUGCAACACCAUGGACAACGCGACUUCUUUGCUGGCGUCGCAGUCACUGACGGACGCGGCAAGGGCCCUCCUUGACGCUGCCCCUCGACAAUGGCUCCCCUACGUUUUGGGCUUGCUGGUAGGCUAUCCUCUUCUCACGGGUAGCUUGCGAUACCAGCGAAUGCGAAACAUGUACAAAAAAUACCCGUAUGUCACUCGGCACGACAUGGCGAAUAUGACCGACGAUCACGCAUUCGAGAUCCAGAAAGCCGUGGCACAGCUCGAAUUCCCAUUUAUGUUUAUCAAGUCACUGCAAUUUGCCUUGUUUAGGACCUACGGCAUCCCAACAAUCUCCCACCUCCUCACCAAAACCAGCCAAUUCUCCAGCCCAGAAACAUCGCUCAAGCGGUACACGGACACGAGCGCCCUCGUCCAAGAAAUGGUGGGCAACAGCCCAACCUCCGCACGAGCCUACGCCUCCUUCGCCCGCACCCGCUUCCUGCACUCUGGCUACCGGGCCUCGGGCAAGAUCCUCGACGACGACAUGCUCUAUACACUCGCCCUCUUCGCCCUGGAGCCCAUCCGCUUCAUCAGCCGCUACGAGUGGCGUGAACUAAGUGAUCUAGAGCGCUGCGCUAUCGGCACGUUCUGGAAGAGCGCGGGCGAUGCCUUGGGUAUCGGAUACGAGAAGUUGCCGUCCGGCGCAACGGGGUUCAAGGAUGGAAUCCAGUGGUUAGAGGAACUCGAGGCUUGGAGUGAGGCGUACGAGGCAAAGUGUAUGGUGCCCGACGUGAAGAAUCGGGAGACGGCCGACCAGACUACGGCCGUGUUGCUGUACAUGUUGCCCAAGGUGUUGCAUCCGGUUGGACUGCAGUUUGUAUCGUUUAUGAUGGAUGAGCGGUUGCGGAAGGCGAUGCUAUACGACGCGCCUUCUUCUGUCGCGGUCAUUGCUUUUUCAAGCCUGUUGACCGUUCGCAAGCUCUUCUUGCGGUAUCUAUCUCUGCCUCGGCCGUAUUUCUUGCGCUCGGUCUCGUUCACUGAUGAACCCGAUGAGCAUAACCGCUUCUUCCUGACUCAGUGGGAAGCGGCGCCUUACUAUGUCAAGCCGACAUUUUGGAAUCGCUGGGGUCCCACUGCGUUGCUAACCCGGAUUCUUGGACGGCCGGUGCCUGGUGACGAGCGUGAUAAGUAUUAUCCUCAAGGGUAUAGUAUUCAAGACGUUGGACCGAAGUACUUUGAGGGUAAAGGGCGUAAAGCAAUCGAGGAAGCGAUGGAAGAGUUCAAGGAAUAUCGGACUGGAAAGUGCCCAUUCCAUUGAAAUGGGGGGGG